UAAAGAGAGAGAGAGAUAGUAUUGUUUGCUUUAAGCUCUGUUGUGGCAAUUUUUUCGAUAAAGGGACUAUUUUUCGUUGGGUUCGUGUUGCAACAAGGCGAAAUGUGCAAGAACUUGUGUAAAGUUUUUGUCCUGGUGAGACGAUAUGGGAUUUUCCCAACUCAAAUUGCUUCAUCUUGUGGAAGUUGAGUUAUCAAACGAGCAUUUGACGAGUUGUUUAUUCUCAAAAUGCCUUCUCUUAGAAAAAUUGAUGUUGGGAGAUUGUACUUUUGGGACUAUGACUGUGCUUGAUAUUGCUUCGACGUCUCUCGUUUAUGUGUCUGUAAUAAACUAUGUUAACAAUGGCAAAAUUUACAGUAAUUGUGAUGUCAAGAUUUCUUGCCCGUAUCUCAGGGUCUUGAAAUAUGGUGCUCCGAUGGCAAAGGAUAUAAUUAUAGAGAAUCUCUUCUCUAUAGAAGUUGUUCACAUCUUCUUUUUUUAUGCAGGUUGCCCAAUAGAGAAAAUUGGCAUGCUUGUGCGUAAGAUGAUCAAGAAUGUUCCUUCUACAUCAGCUUUGAAAUUAUGCAUGAGUUUUAUUUCUAGUGUGUAUAGCGUAUCUCAUCAAGUAAGAAAGUUUCCGGUCUUGUUUUAUAAGCUCAAGUCCUUAAAAUUGACAGUAGGAAUCGAUGAAGCCUGGAUGCAAGUCAUGAUGCUAUUGCUCAAGCAUUCUCUGAAUUUGGAGGUUCUUAAUUUGUUUUCUGAUGAGAAUUUUGGCUGGAAUGAGAACUGGAAGCUGCAUCACCUUAGUGAAAGCAUUGAGUGCUUCGAAUCUCAUCUGAGGUUGAUUCAGUUGGCUGGUUUCAAAUAUGAAGAAAAUGAGAUGGAGCUGCUAAGAUUUUUCCUGAAGAAUGCACAAGUAUUGGAAAAAAGUAUUGGAAAAACUGAUAAUCGUUUGGCCCAGCUAUGCUGACAUAUCAGAAGAGGCAUUAGAGUUGGUGUUAAAGUAACCUAGAACUUCUUCAAAUGUUGUUGUGACAUUUCUUGAUGUCAACCCCAAAUCAAAAUCUCAUUAUCAGUA